AUGUCGAACCAUUCCGACGAAGAUCUCCCCGGGGAGACUACCGGUCUCCUCAAUGGCCAUCACAAUGAAUGGCCGAACGGUCAUUCUCCGUCCGGCGGCUGGAAGCACUUCUUCUUUAAUCGCCGAAGCACACCCGGCACCGAGAGCCCGAACCGGCUUGUUAGGUACUCGGCCUCGACCUGGCAUAUCACCAAGGUUACUCUGAUGAGCAACUAUGUCAACUUCCUUCUCCUCAUCAUCCCAGUCGCCAUCGUCGGCGGCGAACUCGGUUGGGACCCAACCACGGUUUUCAUCCUCAACUUCUUCGCCAUUAUCCCCCUCGCCGCCGUCCUGUCUUUCGCGACUGAAGAGAUUGCGAUGCGUUUGGGAGAGACCCUCGGUGGGCUGUUGAACGCGACCUUUGGAAAUGCCGUCGAGUUGAUUGUUAGCAUUGUCGCCCUUCGCGAUGGCCAGAUCGAAGUCGUACAAGCCUCUAUGCUCGGCUCCAUUCUCUCCAACCUCCUUCUCGUUCUCGGCAUGAGCUUUUUCUUCGGCGGCCUCCGGAACUUGCGAAACCCCGAUGGUUCUGGCAUGGAGCAGAGAUUCCCCUCCGGCACGGCCCAGACGACGUGCUCGCUGCUCGCUCUGUCUUCGGCUUCGCUCGUCAUUCCCGCGACACUCUACAACGUCAUCGACUCCCCGAACGAAGAUAAGGAGGGCCCCAUCCUCUUCCUCUCCCGCGGUACUGCCGUCAUCCUCCUCCUCCUCUACGGCCUCUACCUCUGGUUCCAGCUCCGUACCCACCACAACCUCUUCGACGGCGUGCACCACGAAGACCCCGAGGCCACCCAGACUAGCGUCGAGCAGGAGGAGGAGCGCGAGCAUGAGGAGCCCUGCAUGGGCCUCGUCCCCGCCAUCAUCGUCCUUGUCGCCACGACCGUUGUUGUCGCCAUCUGCGCCGACUACCUUGUCGCGAGCAUCGAUCCCAUCGUCGAGACGUCCCAGAUUAGCAAGGCUUUUAUCGGUUUGAUUCUCAUUCCCAUUGUGGGCAACGCGGCGGAACAUGCUACUGCUGUUGUGGUAGCUAUGAAGAACAAGAUGGAUUUGGCCAUGGGUGUUGCUAUCGGUUCGAGCAUCCAGAUUGCGCUGCUCGUUACUCCGUUCCUCGUCAUGUUUGGCUGGGCUAUUGGCCAGCCCAUGUCUCUCCACUUUGAGACUUUCUCGACUGUUGCCUUUGCGUUCUCGGUGCUGGUUGUUACUUAUACCGUUCAGGAUGGACGCUCCAACUACCUGGAAGGCGCUAUGCUUCUCGGUCUCUACUGCAUUAUCGCCCUCGCCUUUUAUGUCAGUCCAUCUCUCGACGCCAGCAAGGCCAUCAAGUUUGUCUCUUCCUAA